AUGACAAGAGGAUAUGCAUUAGGACAUGCAUUCGGUCGUCACAUCAGGGACGAACAAAAAAAAGAUGAUCCUAUGAAUGAGGUAGUCCUUUGGGUUUUAGUUAUUAUUGGAAUAUCAGUUCCUCCAGUCAUUGCGUUAAAAACAGAGAGUAAACAAAAAGAUAUUAAAGCAGAAAAAUUAGAUUCUUUAGAAAUGAUUAAAAAAGAAUUUAAGGCAACUUUUGUAGAAGAGACGGAAGAAAAUUUAAAAUUAGGAGUAGAACUGGAGAAAAGUUCGGAAGUGAAAAAAGAAGUUAGCAGUCCUUUAGAGUGUUCAAUUCCUUUAACUUUUUUGGAAAUUAUUAUUGUUCCUACCACUCCUAUUAUUACCGCCAAAACUAAAAUUCCUCCACCAAUUAUCCAAGGUAGAUAA